CUUUCUCGUGCUUUGUAAGGCACUGGAUUUUUUGCUUCAAGUAGUACUACUAUCACCAAUAUUCUAUUGACAAUCCCACCAUUUCAGUUUUACGUUGAAGAAAAACAAAGCUGUAAACCCCACUUUUACUUCAAUUAUCCUCGGUAGUUUUUGGAUGUCACUGCUCACCGACUUCAUCACAAGUUGAUUCACCCAAUUAUAUUUUUCUUUUCCUAAAACUCCCAAAAGGAAAUCAACACUUCAUCAUUACUCAUAAUAGUCUCAUACGUAAUAAAUAGAUAAAAAUUAAGGGAUCAAUGAAACUGUAGUUGCAAUAUUUUGGGAAAGAAAUCUUGAAAUUUUUUAAAUUGUACUCCUUCCAUUCCGAUAAGGGUAAUUAUCCAUCUUAUUGUUCAAAUGGGUUUCUAAAUUACUUUCUUUCAUUUUACCUUCUUCCCGAAUGAAUUUCUUUAAAGGGUUUUUCAAUUUUUGACUGUGUACUGGAAAAGACUUACAUUUAUGGUGGGUUUUUUAAGAGCUUUAAUAGUAGUAGUAUUAGAAAAUCUUAAAAAAUCUCAAUUUGCUGAAACGAUGCAACGGCACCUUCAACGAUGUCAGAGUUCAUUUGCUGACUCUGAUUAAGAGAUAAAAACUAUCUCGAUGCCUUCACCUUUCAACUCCUUCCAGUUCCCAAAACAUAAUCACAUUCAUUCUCCUUCCUUCUGGGUAAUAUCCUUCUUCAAUAAAUACUUAAAAUCAGAUUAUUGGAGACAAAGCCGGGAAUAGGGGCUGCUGUUUUUCUUUGUUACUGUGCGCCAUGCUUCUUCGUUGUGAGUAUUAUUAUAAUCCCUAUCAGUUGGAUUAAAUUGGAAAAAGCCCAUAUGCAGCUUCUGGGUCUAAUUGUGCUGUUAUUAUCUUUCGUCUCUGUUUUUGAAUUCCACAAAAGGGAGUCAGUUUAUCGGAUUUGUUUUGAUGGAUUGUGUGGCUUCUGUAAAUUCAUUUUUGAAGCAGUUUAGUGACAAUUAUGAUUUUGGCUGCAUUUUUCUGGUAUUUGGGAGUUUCAAGCGGGCUUUUGAAUUGCUUGUUAUGAUUCUGUUAUUUGGAUGUGGGUUGAAAGUUUUGAACUUUAGUUGGUUUUGCAAGCCUGUGAAUGGAUUGUCAUGUGAUUCUGGUGGCAAAUCUGCACCAUUGAGAGAUGGGAUUUGUGCUAAAAGUGAUUUUAGGGGCAAAUGUAGUUCAAAGAUUUCAUCUUGCCAUGUAGAUUGCUUAAAUUAUUCAUGUCCACCCGCAAUGGAUAAAGUCAAAGACACUGAUUCUGGGAAUUGUGAUGCUGAAGAGGGCAAUGAUGAUGAUGAACAGUGUGAUGAAGAUAAGGAGUUUGAUGUAUUGGCACUGAGAAAAUUGAUCAAGAUGGAGAGGCAGAGAGCAAAUUCUGCUUUAUUGGAACUUGAAAAAGAGAGAAUGUCAGCUGCUGUAGCUGCGGAGGAGUCAAUGGCUAUGAUAUUGCGGCUGCAGAAUGAGAAGAGUUUGAUAGAAAUGGAAUCUAAUCAGUAUAAGAGGUUGGCAGAGGAGAAGCUAAAUUAUGAUCAAGAACUGAUUCAAUCAUUGCAGUGGCUUGUGAUGAAGCAUGAAUCAGACAGGACUUCCUUGGAAGACCAAUUGGAAUUAAGUCACAAAAAGCUAAAACUGUUGAUGAACAGUAAACAGCAGAUGGACCAUUGCAUAGAAGAAGGAGGAGGAGAAGAGAUUGAGGAAUCUUUUGUUACUCCCAAUACCAACAUCAAGGAUGGUUCUAAAAGCCGUUUGAUAAGAUCACUUGACCUAGCUAUAUCACCAUGAAGAUGGGAUCUUUUUUAAAAUAGAGAAACUCCCAGUGGAGAGAAAGUGGUGAAUCUGGAGGUGAUCAUCUUGGAUACAGGAUGUCGAAUAUGGAAAAAUGUCUGAUGAAAUUACCCCACAUUUGCCUUUUGUAAAUGCCUUCUGAUAUGAACAUUUUGGCACAGAAUUUCUUGCAUUUCCAAAUCGGGUCUAAUGAUUGCCUCUGUUGAUUCUGAAUAUCUGUCAUCCCUUUUUUUUCUAUUCUCUAAUUUGUUUCUUGGGAUGUUCCCGAUUUGGUCAUUCCAGAAGCAUUAUCAGUGGUAGAACAGAAUCUCAGAUGAUGAUUUAUUGAUUUACUAUUUUUUUUGCUUCCUUUGACUAAACAGUUAACAGUGGAAGUUUAGGAAAUUUUUCUGUGGUCCAAACAAGCAUUAAUCAGGUACUUUUGGAUUCACUCUUUUCGGUAUCAUUGGAAACUGCAUUUGAUGGUGCAGGCUUUGUAGCACAAGCGCGCUACUGUGUGCUGUGAAUAAUAUCCCAGUUUUUUCUAUUUGGUACUCUUUACACUUUUAGCUGAUCUUUCUCCCUUAUAAGUACUGUUCAUUAUGCUUUUUUAUUUGAAGAAAAUGUUACUCUCUUGUCCUUUGGUUAUCAUGGAAGUAACAUAGAGAAGUCGAGAAUGACUGUACAGUGAUAAAUGUUACGGAAAUCCCUUUUCUGUAGUUAAUGAUCUAGCAGUGGAAUGCUUGUAUUUCUCUCAGAAAAGGGGCACUUAAUUGUACCGGGAAGAUUGUAGCUUCAUGGUAGUGCAAGGAAAGACGUGUUUUUUAAGGUUGUAAUUUUUCAUUUGGAUAUUUUCUACCAGAGAUGGUGUUCAAAGGUUUCUGUAUUUCAUAUGGAAUCAUGUGAAACUGCUAGUUUUCCUAGGGAUACAUACAAGAAAUGUGUUCCAAUUUUCGAACUGUUCACUGUUACUCCAUUUGAUGAGC